ACCGAACAUUACUGUAUCGUUUGCUACGGAACGUUGUGUACUCAUUGACGGAACAGCAACUCGUGCCUGAGGCGUCCAAUAGUUUAAAAGAUGUUCUGCUUCAGAUUUUCUGCAACCAAAAAGAAGUCGUUCAUCACGGUGACAAAUGCGGUGAUGAUAUCUUUGAUAUACUGCAUUAUAAUAUUUUCAUCGGGAACGACCGCCCAAAGAGCGGCCGUUGGGAUAGGUUCAAAGCUGAAAAAGACCUUUGGUGGUGGUGCUAGCAGUGAUGGUUUUUUAUUUUCUGGCAAGAGGCAGAAGACUUACAUAGAAGGUGAGGGAAACGAAGACGACGAAGGCUUCGGUACCAAUUGGGUGCUGAUAGAGACGCUAUGUGAUGUCUCGAGGGAAAGCAUUGGAAUCGCCGCGACAAUGCUUGCCAUGGUAUUUGGGUUGCUUUAUCUGUUUCUUAUGGGGCGACCAGAAUUGGAGAGGAUUGAACAAAAGAAUACUGAUGGUGAGUGCCGAGUUCUAGCUUGGUUACCAAAAGUAUUUUAGUUCUGUUCUGAGAGGCGACAUCAGGCAUUAUGUGUUCAAUUUUAUUUCGCUACCUGGAACAAGAUCGCUUUCUCGCCGCGUGUUUUGUAAGCCGCUGUGGAUUGAGGUAGUACACUUUCUUGGAGAAGAAUGGUUUACUAAUAAUUUUUGAUAAUUGUGAAUAUAUUGAUUGCUUGAUCCGUCUUCGUUUCCACCAGAGGGCGAAAUCAUCGUGCAAGAUGAUCACAUAAAGACGAUGAAAAAAAUGGAUUUAGGCUUUCGUGGAUUCCGUAUGGAAUUGAAGGGAAAGAAAAAAGAUCAGAAGAAUCGCUUAAUAUUGGAUGGAAGUAUUCGUGGCCGAGCUCGUCCGGGCCGAAUGCUGGCAAUCAUGGGACCAAGUGGUGAGUCAUAUUGUUGUAUUGAUUGCUUGUUCUUCAAUUCUAUGCCAUGCAGAGCUCACAAGUGUUUCUUCACAUCAAAUUUUGGGGUCAAUUCUGCAGGUGCUGGGAAGUCUUCGGUUAUGCAUGCAUUGGCCGGAAAAGUGAAUGCAUCGCCCAAAAUCGAACUGGAGGGAUCGAGAUACAUCAAUGGAGAUACAAUCACGGGAGAAUCACAAAUUCCCGCCGCGUUCGUAAAACAGGAAUUCAACUUUUUUCCUCAUAUGACCGUAAGAGAAACACUGGCGUUUCGGGUGGAACUAAAACUUGGUAGUCUAAUUUCCAAGAAAGCGCAAGCGGAACGGGUCGAGGAACUCAUCAAUGAUUUGAGUCUUGGAAGAGCUGCUGACACGAUUGUCGGAGAUGCAAAGGUCCGUGGUAUAUCUGGAGGAGAGCGCCGCCGACUUGCGAUUGCGUGCGAGCUCGUUUCCAAUCCCUCUGUCAUUUUCUUGGAUGAACCAACUUCCGGCCUAGACAGUACCGCAGCCGCCACACUUGUUACCGCGUUGAGAAAACUUGCAGAUUCGGGUGAAACUGUUGUUGCCGUUAUCCAUCAACCGAGCCAACACGUCUUUUCCUCCUUCGAUGAUUUACUACUGGUUUCCGAAGGGAAGCAGAUGUACUUUGGCGAAACCUCAAAAGUUCGAGAUUACAUGGAUAGACAUGUAACAAGAGCCUCUGGCGAAAUGGGGUGAGAUUUGAGUUGAAGUCGCGUUUUAUUCGUUGUAUCAUGUCCGUUAUCAAUCAACUCAUUGCAGUCUUUCCAAAAAUUACAACAGGACGGCAGAACACGUACUAAACUGUAUAUCAAGAAGUGCAAUGCCAGGAGAGAGCGCAGAAGAUGUGUCUAGAAGGAUCGAUAAAUUGGCAUCUCUUGCAGAAGAACAAGAAAUUGAUUUGGGAGAAAAAUCGGUUUCAGACAAUACUGUCAAAAGCUAUCGUGGAGAUUCUAACGUGCGUCGAGCCAACAUUUUCGUCCAAUUCAAGCUUUUACUACGGCGAUCUCUCCGGGAAAAUUUUAGGAGCAAAGCAUCCUUAAUAAUCAAAUUUGUGCAGCAGAUCUCGUUGGGUUUAAUUUAUGGAACCAUUUAUCACCUUGGAGAUGAUCAAGCAAGUAUUAUGGACCGCUUUGGCUUGCUAUCUCUGAUCGCUAUUGGUGGUAGUAAUAUGGCAAUGGCUUCAACUAUACGUUCAUUUCCAAAGGAGAAGGCCAUUGUCUCGGGCGAGCUUGGGGACCACAUGUACGGAACGCUUCCGUAUUUUAUCGGUAAGGCAAUAUCCGAGAUUCCCCUUACCGCAUUCUUUAAUUCCCUCUUUGGUGUUUUGGUCUCGUCGUUAACGGGCCUCAACAACACUCUUCAAAAGAUGAAACGCUUCUUGGGGCUCGUUUCUCUCCACGGAUUGGCUGGACAAUCAGCUGGACUCAUGAUCGGCGCUGUUGCUCCGAAUCAAGAUGCAGCACUGGCACUUUUCCCUGCAAUUAUGGUGUUGAAUAUUAUUUUUGACGGUAAGAACAUAUCUGAAGAAAAUACUCCUAGGUUUCUUCGAUGGCUUCCAAAAGUUGGAUUGAUCAAGUGGGGUUUUGAAGGCAUGAGUUUGAAUGAAUUCGAGGGAUUGACUUUCAACACUUCUGGGCCACGGAGAGGCCCAGUCGCUAAGAACGGUGAUGACGCCCUUGCUAGAUUUGGACUAGGAAACAAUUCUCUAUCGACAGUGGUGAAGGCUCAAACUCUCAUCAUAUCUACCUCUUGGGUCAUGAGUUAUCUCGGAUUGACGCUGACACGCCAAAAGUUCCAGACGAUGGAGAAACCAGAUAAAAAUAAUGGAGAUUAACAAAAAAGUUUCCAUUACGCUGCUAUUAUUCAUUCUGAAAAUUUACUAUUGAUGGCAUUUAUCUGAGUUGUACAAAUCAGGGGCAAAAUAAUAUCAAGUGGAAUUAAUCUUUGUUUUCUAGAGAUAAAAAAUUACCUUCGAC